ACCAGGGUGGUAAAAAGUGUUUGGACUGGGUAAUAAUUAGAAGAACUUACUGAUGAUUUAAAUAUAUGUGCAUGCAUGAAUGUUUUGGAGUUAGAGAAAUAGAGGAAUCAAACAGAAUCCCUAGGUUUUUGACCCAAGCAACUGGGAGAAUAGAAGUGUUUUUAAUCAGAAUAGGAAAACUGGCAUGGGAGUAAGUUUGGGGAGUGAAGAAUCAAGGGAUCUCUUAUGGACAUAUGUAUUGCUUAGCUCUCCACAUAGACUUAAAGCUACUCGAGGGCAGGUAAUGUGAUUUAUAGCUUUCUUCCAUCCCCAGUAGUGCCUGGUACAUGUGAAACCAAGCAGACCCUGCAGGGCCUUCCUGAAGACAGAUUCCCCCACCCUCUCCGAGUCUCCUGCCUCUUGUUUGCAGAAAAGCUUUAGCCUCCUAGGCCUUCCCCAACUCUAAAGAGUAGUUUUUUUGUUUUGUUUUUUUGUUUUGGCCGCGUGGCCUGCGGGAUCUUAAUUCCCUGACCAGGGAUCGAACCUGCGUCUGCUGCAAUGGAAGAGCGGAGUCUUAACAACUGUACCAUUAGGGAAGUCCACCAAAGAGCAGAUUUAACCUGAGAAAUGAGAAAAUGCAGAAACAAAGGAAAACAGUCAUGUAAGACAAAAUUAUGAUAGUUUAGCCAUAAAAAAAGUCAAGUACAUUUAGUUCCUCCUCAAGGGCCAUAGAUAAUAUUCUGAGCCAUAUCCUUGUAUGUUUUAUUGAUACUAAACCCCUACCAGGUGGAAGAAGUUAAUUGCAUGCUGAUCACCAGCACAAAGACCCCAGGAGGUUGAUGCUGUUGACCCCUGAAAUACCAACCUGUUACCUCAUCACCAACCAGUCAAGGAUGUCCAUGAGCUGAUCAUGCACACCUCAACUCUUUCCCUCACCUUGCCUUUAAAAAACCUUCCCUGAAAGCUUCAGGGAGUUUAGGUCUUUUGAGCAUAAGCUGCCUCUUCUCCUUGCUAUAGACACUGUACUUUGCUUCAGCACAACCUGGUGUCAGUACAUUGGCUUUUCUGUGUGUAGGUGAGCAGACCCAAUUUUGGUUUGGUAUCACUUGGAUGAGGUAUCAUUUGAGCUGGAUCUUAAAACAAGGGCAGGGUUGUGAUGGAAGGAUUGUUAGGCAAGGAGGGCAUGCAUUCCAGGCAGAGGGCAUACAUGAGCAGAGGUAGAGAUAUGGGAGCAUUUGGGGUACUUUACAGGCUAGUUGGAACAUAAAAUGUGUAUAGGAAAGUAGUGGGAGAUAAGAAAAGUAGGUUAGGGAUGUAGUAUUUUUGAAAAUUAAUUGGACAGUAUUGCACAGGAUCAAUUUGAGAUGGGAGAUCCCUGUAAGGAUGCUACUGUAGUAGACUUGGGUAGAGUCAGGGAGGGGCCUGCACUAGAGUGAAAUGAAAAGGAGGUGGCUGUAUGAGAUAUAGUUACAUUGAGAUGUCUGAAUUUGGCAACUAGUAAUUUCAUGUGGGAAUUGAGCAAUAGGAUCAAUCUCCAUUGUUAAUACUCAGGAAUUUUUAGUAUGAAGUCAUAACUUGGGACCCUGUCAAGUUUAGCACUCCCUCUAUAACCUUGUUUUACUUACUGGUACGGAGCUUCACAGGGUGGGAUAGAGCUCUGUGAUUGGGGGAGUAGGCAGAGUAUCAGGAACAGAUGAAUGACCUCUGAGAGUCACAGGCAUGAUAUCAUCAAAGUGCCCAUGUAAAAAUGCCUGUGUGAAAUCAAGAGCUUUCUCCUGAUCUCCUGGUUGGAAGAGCAUGGAUUUUGUAGUAAGACCUGGGUUGGAACAUGGCUCCAUCACUUCCUAGCUAUGCAACCUUGGACCUCAGUGUCCUUUUUGAUAAAACAAGGUUGUUGUAUUAUAUUUUAGAAGGAUAAGGUAUAUUAAAUGCUUACCAUAAUGCUGUAGUAGCAAUGGCAGUGACUGGUGUCUGGUUAAAUUUGCUGCACAGAGUUUCUUCAGUCUUUCACUUUUCUCCUCAUUCUGUAUUCUGCCAUUAUGGCUUCAUCUCUCUGAAGCAGUUAAUUAGCUGCAGGCUGUCCCUAUCACUUGCCAAAAUAUAAAGGACAAGGUGCCAGUGAUCUUUAAAGAACUUCCUCUUUUGUAGGCGGCUGUGCUAUGAUUUUUAACUGAAUAUCUGCGUACUCGGUGGAAUUAAUUACUCUCUAUUUGUGCUUUCUUUUAAACAGGGAUGCUGAAGGACAGUAUUUGUAGGAGAGUGCAGAAUGCUGAGAAGUGAAGGCAGAGAGAGAGGGAGGAAGGCAUGCCUAGAGUUACUAGUAUGUGGAAGGGAUAGCGAUAACGGCCAAGUAAAGUCUCAGGUCGCAUUUCUUUUCUACCCAGGGAUUUGCUCCAAUUAGCCCAGAAAACUAUAAUUUAGUCGUGUCUGCGCAUGUCGAGGUCUUUUGUCCCUCGGCGGACACCGUUGCCAGCCAAAGGCUAUGUCUCCGCGCUCGUCGCCUUCGUAGGGCGCCGAGUUGUACCUUUUUUCCCACUCUUGCCAUGGCCAGCCGAGGAGCCCGGCAGCGCCUGAAGGGAAGCGGGGGCAGCGGCGGGGACACGACCUCGGCCGCCGACAAGCUGCGGGAACUGCUGUGCAGCCGGGAGGCGGGCAGCGCAGAGCCCCGGCCCGAGUUAUCUGGGAACAAAGCAGGACAAGUCUGGGCACCUGAAGGAUCUACUGCGUUCAAGUGUCUGCUCUCAGCAAGGUUAUGUGCUGCUCUCCUCAGCAACAUCUCUGACUGUGAUGAAACAUUCAACUACUGGGAACCAACACACUACCUCAUCUAUGGGAAGGGGUUUCAGACUUGGGAGUAUUCCCCAGCUUAUGCCAUUCGCUCCUAUGCUUACCUGUUGCUUCACGCCUGGCCAGCUGCAUUUCAUGCAAGAAUUUUACAAACUAAUAAGAUUCUUGUCUUUUACUUUUUACGAUGUUUGCUGGCUUUUGUGAGCUGUAUAUGUGAACUUUACUUUUACAAGGCUGUGUGCAAGAAGUUUGGGCUGCAUGUGAGUCGAAUGAUGCUAGCCUUCUUGGUUCUCAGCACUGGCAUGUUUUGCUCAUCAUCAGCAUUCCUUCCUAGCAGCUUCUGUAUGUACACUACAUUGAUAGCCAUGACUGGCUGGUAUAUGGACAAAACUUCCUUUGCUGUGCUUGGAGUAGCAGCUGGGGCUAUCUUAGGCUGGCCAUUCAGUGCAGCUCUUGGUUUACCUAUUGCCUUUGAUUUGCUGGUCAUGAAGCACAGAUGGAAGAGUUUCUUUCAUUGGUCACUGGUUGCCCUAAUGAUCUUUCUGGUGCCUGUGGUGGUCAUUGACAGCUACUAUUACGGGAAGUUGGUGAUUGCACCACUGAACAUUGUUUUGUAUAAUGUCUUUACUCCUCAUGGACCUGAUCUUUAUGGUACAGAGCCCUGGUAUUUCUAUUUAAUUAAUGGAUUUCUGAAUUUCAAUGUAGUCUUUGCUUUGGCUCUCCUGGUCUUACCACUGACUUCUCUUAUGGAAUACCUACUGCAGAGAUUUCAUGUUCAGAAUUUAGGCCACCCAUAUUGGCUUACCUUGGCUCCAAUGUAUAUUUGGUUUAUAAUUUUCUUCAUCCAGCCUCACAAAGAGGAGAGAUUUCUUUUCCCUGUAUAUCCACUUGUAUGUCUCUGUGGUGCUGUGGCCCUUUCUGCACUUCAGAAAUGUUACCACUUCGUGUUUCAGCGAUACCGCCUGGAACAUUAUACUGUGACAUCGAAUUGGCUGGCGUUGGGAACACUCUUCCUGUUUGGGCUCUUAUCUUUUUCUCGCUCUGUGGCACUGUUCAGAGGGUAUCAUGGGCCCCUUGAUUUGUAUCCAGAAUUUCACCGAAUUGCCACAGACCCAACCAUCCACACUGUCCCAGAAGGCCGACCUGUUAAUGUCUGUGUAGGAAAAGAGUGGUAUCGAUUUCCCAGCAGCUUCCUUCUGCCCGAUAAUUGGCAGCUUCAGUUCAUUCCAUCAGAGUUCAGAGGCCAGUUACCAAAACCAUUCGCAGAGGGACCACUGGCCACCCGGAUUGUUCCUACUGACAUGAAUGACCAGAACCUAGAGGAGCCAUCCAGAUAUAUUGACAUCAAUAAAUGCCAUUAUUUAGUGGAUUUGGACACCGUGAGAGAAACACCCCGGGAGCCAAAAUAUUCAUCCAAUAGAGAAGAAUGGAUCAACUUGGCCUACAGACCAUUCCUUGAUGCAUCUAGAUCUUCAAAGUUGUUGCGGGCAUUCUAUGUUCCCUUCCUGUCAGAUCAGUAUACAGUGUAUGCAAACUACACCAUCCUCAAACCCCGGAAAGGAAAGCAAAUCAGGAAGAAAAGUGGAGGUUAGCACCAUGCCUGUGGCCCCAAAGGACAACCAUCCUGUUAACUGACCGGAGAAGAGUAGAACCAACUUUCAGGAAGAAUUGAAAAUCCCGAGACUGGAUGGCUGUGUUGAGCUGUUCUACACACUCUGGCUUGGCAUCCAAGAACUAGCCUCCCUUGGGCCGUAUGAGCUUCUCCACCAAAGCUCUUUGGCAGCUCCUAGCAGACGACCUCGUUCCAAUCCUAGUGCUGAAAAUGACCACAGCCUAAUUGCCAACCUACAUGUCCUUUUCACCUCCGGCAAGACUAAGCUUUUCUAAAGCACGUCACAGGACCAGGACCCUACCCUGGAGGUAUCUCAGGAAAAAUGCAGCCAGUUGAGGAACUGUGGCUUAAUUUCAUUACAUAGGAUGCCUCUUGCUUUCAUCUUAUUUCCUUUACAACAAACUAUAACUAUAUGGGUAUGGGUUUUUUAAGCUUUAGCAUGCUGUUUCUUGAAUUCAAGACUUCCCUGUAUAAAGAUAUCAACAGACCAGACUAUAACUGUACAGGACAUACAUGGAGAAAAUUAACUCUAUCAGUUGGUAGAUUUGGAUGACAUCACAUUUUAAAGUAAUUUAUUCUGAGGCCGUUUCUGAGGAAAUUAAGAAUCUCCCUUUUUUAAACAACCCUAGUGAGAAAGACCAGUGUAUAUUCAUGGCACCUGUUUUUGAGUACGUCUAUUGCAAAGCACAUCCUGCAUGGGGCACCUCUAGUCAAGUAGGCAAUGAUAAGGACUUAAUUAAAACAUAAGUAUAUACUUUACUUUGCUUUUACACACAGUAUUUCAUAGUUUACAAAGCCCUUUCACAUUAUCUCAUUUGAUCCUCACAGUCAUGACGUGAGGUAGACAAAGCAAGUGGUUUUAUGCCCAUUUUACAGAUGAAGAAACUGAGACUAUGGGGCAGGGGGCAGGGGGAGGUAAGGUGACUUGCCCAAGGCCACACAGCCAAUAAGUAGUAGCGCUAGGACCAGAACCUGGGUUGCCUAACUUCUCAUCCAGUGCUCGUCCGUACUCCUCACUUGACUAUGAGAACAUUACUUGAAAGAAUGAUGAGGUUGGCCAGAGACCUAAUUGAUAACGUAACUUUCUAUUUUAAGGAAGAAUUUUAUCUGUGUUUCUGUGAGUUCUUUGGAGCCUCCAGUCUGCCUAUUGGUUAGACCAUCAUAGCGGUACUCCGGGAUGCAGCCUGGCCUGUGGCAGGAAAGUAGUGCUCAUGUUUGGAAGUCAAGCUCCUUUGCAGCCACACAGGAUCCAAUACAAGUUCCAUUCCUAUAGUCAAUCUGGGGUCACGUUAUAGUGCCUUAUUUCCCUAAGGGUGAUUGUGUCUAGUAUCUGCAAAUAGGAUGCAUUCAUUUUUCAGAGUUUCCAUCUUUCAUUUUUCAAAGAGAAGGGAUUUUCAGUAGGAACUGAUCCCAAGAGAGGAGAAGUGACAAGGGAAGAAAUGGCUAGUUACCAUAUGAAGAGUCCUCAUUCGGAUCCCCUCUAAAGGAAUAUCUGGGGAGGGGUUGAAGAAUUGUGAGUCAGUAGGUCUAGAUAGCAUGAACAAUGAUAACUGGAGAGUGAAGAUAAACUGGGGUCCCACUCGCUGCUUUAAGGAUUUUUGUAUUUAAUUUUCAAUACUUGAUUACUGUUUCCCAAGGCAGAUAUUGGCACAUGUGGUCUGACUAUGGGACAGAGAAUUUCUAGUGAAAGAUCUUGCCAUACCUGCAGUAAUAGUGCACUGUCCUUCACAGUGGCUAGAGCUCUCUUUUUUGCCGAGGUAAAUGAGAAGGUACAGUAAUGGAGGUCCAUGGUGAAUGGUUUUUUUCUAAUCAAAGUGGUACAGUACUGAUCCAUUUUAUCAUGUUGCAUGUUAAAAAAAAAAAAGCCUUCUAAGCAAGAACUUACUGUAAUAUAGCACAGAAAAGGUCAUGAUCAAUCUAGGUAUUCCUUGGGAAUAUCAGUUGCUAUCCCUUUUAAAACCUGAUUUCAGUUUGCUCUGUUCUAUGAAUAUCUUUAGUGAGAGCACAGUAGAUUGCAGAACACUCUGCCAAAUUCGAUAGGUAAGGGAUAUAAAAAUGAAUGUUUUUUGUUGUGAAGGUGUUUUUCACAUGAUAUAUAAACGCGUUAAAACAUCUCCACCUGGGCUUCCCUGGUGGCGCAGUGGUUGAGAGUCCGCCUGCCAAUGCAGGGGACGUGGGUGCGUGCCCCGGUCCAGGAAGAUCCCACAUGCCGCGGAACGGCUGGGCCAGUGGGCUGUGGCUGCUGAGCCUGCGUGUCCGGAGCCUGUGCUCCGCAACGGGAGAGGCCACAACAGUGAGAGGCCCGCGUACCGCAAAAAACAAAACAAAAACAUCUCCACCUCAGCAAUACAGGGAGGUUAGCUUUGCCUGGGAAGAGAGUUUCAAAACACUUGGUGAGAGUAGCAUUUCUCCUCCAGAGAAUCAGUGUUCAGCAUGAGCUGACCGCUCUGCUCACUGUAAGGAUAAAGUAUCUCAGGUACGUUUUUCUCCACAGAUUGUUGACUAUCAAGGAAUGAAUGAAGGUCUACAGCUUAUUGGUAAUAAGCUUUGAUUGUAGAGCUGAGCGAGGGAGUUGGGUGUAUUGGCAGUCCCAGGGCUCUCUGAUCUCUGGAUCUUAAGCAGCCUUGUCUGAACCCCAGAUCUCACAACACUGAGUCCUAUUACUGAACCAGCCUGUGUAGUAGCAUCUGCUAUCGAAGUAUACCUGUCAACUGGUAGGUGUCAUCUGAUAAGAAAGACCACUCAUUUUAAUCUCUUGAGAUUAUAACAUUAAAGGGAAGCCCACACUCUUUAUUACUGAAUUCAAGUUUAGAAACUGAUUCUCUGUUUUAAAUCAAGGUGGUUCUUGAUCCCAACAAUUUAUUUGGGUCAUUUUUUCUAGUUUGGAGUUCUGGGAAAGAACCUUCCAAACCCCAUGUAAUUCUGCAGCAUUAGAUCCAGAUUGACCAUUUGGGCAAAGCACAAAUGGAAAUCCUUUAUUGUGUUUUGCAUUUUGUAGGAUUUAUUGAAAUAAGAAUUCACUGUGAUUGUGCUGUCUUCUGGCCAGUGUUGGGCAGCUCUGCUUUAAAUUUGGUUAAUUUUAUUUUCUCUGAAGAGCAAAAAGAGGCACAGUUUAAUCUUUGCCUCCACAGGCAUAUUAAGCUCAUGUAUUAAUUCAUUCUUGGGCUCCUACAUUAAAUGCCUUGGGUAAACAGAUAAAUGGACAUGUGCUCAGCUGUAAUUUUUUUGCAAAAGAAAGAUCUGACUUCCAUAUGGCAUUGUUGGAUUUCAGAGGCUCUCUGGUGUUUUGAUAAAUCUAAAUGAAUGUUGCCUUUAAUUUUUCCAGUAUAUAAUCUAUUUAACCGUGAGAUUCAUGCUGCAAGUGAAAUCAGGAAGCACUGCAGUGUUGAAGCAAGAGUAUUGUUCAAUUCAUUUGUCUUCCUGAUCCUUGUACUUUAUUUCACAUGUCAGUGUUUACAUUACAUACUUGUAUUUUCUGUGAAAGAAAAAGUUAAAU